GGCGCGUCAUUUCAAUCGGCGAUUUGUUCACUUUGAGUACACCCUCCUAACCUCUUCUCUCAAAAGGAUCAUUCAGGUGGCUGCUACCCGGUUAGCCACUGGCUCUGAAUGAACAUUCGGUAACUGUCCACAGCCACCACUGAUCCUCGGCCUUGGGGAACCAUUUUGUAAACAAAUCCAUAUAAUCUUUCAUCGUCUCGUCGUCUUUCCAUCCCCAAGGGAGUUGGAACGGCAUCAUGUUAUCGUCAAGAACCAUAUGGAUAUGGCUGGCUCCUUGCCUUUGCCUGUCGAAUUUACUAGGCGUAUGGGGCAUGACCGAUGCUCGAAGGAUACAGCUUCGUGACGAGACUGCUGCCCUGUUCAGACAUGGAUACGAAGGGUAUAUAAAGUAUGCAUAUCCUGCGGACGAACUUCGCCCAUUGUCAUGUGCACCACUACGUCGAUCAAAGAAUGCAGCUGAUUUUGGCAUCAACGACCUCCACGCCAAUGUUUCCCUCACCCUCCUCGACGUCCUCUCCUCCUUACCGCUCUUACACCCACAUGCUCUCCCCUCUGCGCUAGAGCGUAUAACAACCCAAGUAUCGUUCGACCAAGAUGUGAAAGUACAAGUAUUCGAAAUGACCAUCCGUGCCCUGGGAGGUUUAUUGUCGAUGUAUCAGUAUCUCGAUGAUUUACCGGAUUCACCUUACGAGCAAGCGAGAGUGCUUGGGGUGGUAAGAGAAGGAAAGGAAGGGUGGUUAGGCCUAGGGCUGGGAGCUCAGGAAAAAGUGGACAAGGUGGAUGUGAAAAAGUAUAAGCCGAGGAUCUUGGAAUUGGCGGAAGAUUUGGGGAGGAGGAUGUUGCCGGCGUUCAACACGAAAACUGGAUUACCGUAUGCGCGUGUGAAUUUGAAGCAUGGGAUCGAGAAGGGUGAGAGUGUGGAGACGUGUACGGCAGGAGCGGGCAGUCUUAUCCUCGAGUUUUCCCUUCUUUCUAGAUUGACAGGCGACGACCGUUACGAACAACUAGCCCGAAACGCUUACUACUCGAUAUGGAAUCGUCGCUCGGAUCAUAAUCUACUCGGUAACACGAUAGGAGCCACGCACGGCCAUUGGCUCAUGCCUGGUUUGAGCGGAGUUGGAGCAGGGAUGGAUAGCUUCUUUGAAUAUGGGGUCAAGGCUGGUAUCAUGCUCGGUGAUGACUCGUUUUACGACAUAUUUUACGACUCUUAUGCUGCUAUUCAAACUCAUGUCCGAACGACUGACGGUUUUAUCUAUCGACCUAUCCACACUCGCCUUCUCCAAAUCCCCAGCCCAACAACGAUCGAUUCGCUCUCGGCCUUUCUACCCGCCAUCCAAGUCCUCGCAGGUGAUAUCCCUUCAGCUAUCAGAUCGCAUCUCGUCUUCUGGAAUCUAUGGAGAAAGUUUGGAGCUCUGCCUGAGAGUUGGCGGUGGCAGGAGAGGCGGAUAGAAUGGGCUGGAUGGCCUGGGAGACCAGAGUUUAUAGAGUCGACUUAUUAUCUGUAUCAGGCAACAAAAGAUCCGUUCUAUUUGAGGGUUGGCGAACGGGUUUUAAAGGAUCUGGCAAGGCGAACCAAAACGUCCUGCGGGUUUGCUACCAUCAAGAACGUCUUGACGAGCGAGCUGGAAGACAGAAUGGAGAGCUUUAUGCUUUCGGAAACCCUCAAGUAUCUCUACCUUUUAUUCUCUGAUACGCCCUUCCCGAAUCAGAAUAAAGUUUUCACCACUGAAGGCCACCCACUAUACAUACCACAGCCUCUUCUGCAGCCUAGCACAAAUGCGAGAAAGUCAUUGCAUAAAGGCGAAUGGCUCACAUGCCCGGCGUAUCAAAGUCCUUUUGCCAUCGGGGGUAUCGACUUUCAUGGGACUGACAAGGUUGGGAACCGAGUGGAGAAAGUUGGGAUAACAGUCGGGAUUGAGGGCACGUCAGAGUAUGAAUAUGCGAGAGCGCUCGUCUUUGGUUGGGGAGAGGAAGGAUUGAAGGUAGAAGAUCAAAAAAGAAUGUGGUUUGAUGGUGGGGUAUGUAGUAUCCAGGAAGUCCCCAAAUUCGCGUUCGAUAUCGUUUUAACCUCUCCGUUCAAUGAGACGUUCCCUGAGGAUCCAUCUCCUGGAUCUGAUAAGGUGUAUCAAAAUACCACGACGGGUGAUUAUGUCAUCAGCAAUAUCGCGGGGAUCCGUCUGGGAGUGAGAUGGCGGCUGGACGGGCAAGGGUAUGACGUGUCAAGCAUCGGUCCACAUAGGGUUAGGACCGGCCAGCAGGUCACAGUCAUCGACUCGUCUAUGCGAAAUCAUUUCCCUCUACCUUCCCUUGCUCCAGGUCCACCUCAGCCGCAGUAUGAGCCUACUGAAGUCAUCCUCCGCUUCGUCUUUCUCUCCCCGGUGGUUGUCAAGGAUAAACAUGUAGAAGCUAGUACAGUUUUUCUCCACGCUUUAGGAGCGACCGCGACAUUCGGAAAGGAUUUUGGUGCUUCUGCAACGUCCCCCAGAAUGGAAGACCAGCAAGGAUGGCAGCUCAGCGGAGGUGCACUGCCGAUUCUCGUCCUCCCCAACCCCUCCGAUGGCUGUUCACCAUUAACCCUAUCAACUCCUGAUUAUCCGUUCAUCCUCCUCCUCGAUAGGGGCAAUUGCACCUUUGCAGAGAAAGCGCAAAACGCAGAGACAAUAGGUGCAAGCGGGUUGUUAAUAGUUGGUUACCCUCACCCACCCGAAGGAGGUGUAACGCAAGGUGAUCAGACGGUAUACGCUGCUCCGGAGGAAGGCUUGGUACGGCCCUCUGCCGAGCCAAACGAGGCUGAGGGAUUGGAUAGUAUGGGGAUAGUGUAUAUGGAGCAUCUUGUAGGAGAACUGGUGCGCAAUGCGAGUCAAAAAGGUGAAAUAGGGGCGGCGAUUAUGAGAAUCGAAGGUGUAGGUGAGGAAGCAGCUGGGAGCAGUGGAUUCCCACAGGCUGGAUCGGGGGCGACAAAGAAGCAUUGGGAAAGCGAUUCGCGGAUUAGGGAAGGUAGGCUGGCAGUUGGAGAUUGGGAAAUUUGUAAUCUUGUGGUCGUAGAUACUUCUGUAUAAUUAGCAGCAUCAUUAAAAAUACCAUACAACAUUGCAUCUGCAUCAUUGCGAUC